CAAUUCUGCUCUGCUGCAGCUCCAGCUCUAUUGAACUUGACCUCCGCCGCCGCCGCCGCUGUGCGGCAGCCAACCGGCGGCGUUUGAGCACCGCGCCGUUGCUUCAGUGGACUGCUGCUUCUCGCUCCGCGUGUCGUCUGCGCUUGCAAUGCCAGCGACGGCGCCUCCGUCCCCGCCCACCCGCUUACAUGCUCCACGCCGCGCGCAGGCGGACGCCGCCGCUCCCUGCCGCGCUCGCCGCCGCCUUCUUCGCCUCCAAGACCCACCCUCCGCCGCCUCCGCCGCUUCCAACGCCGCGGAUCGUCGAUGCCACCGUCUCCCGCUGCCCCUCAGACGCCCUCGCGCUCUCCUUCUUCCUCUGGUGCGCCCGCCGCCCCGGCUACUUCCACCCGCCCUCCUCCUUCGACCGCCUCCUCCCCGCCGCCGCCCGCCUCGCCUCCCGGCUCGGCACCGCUUCUGCCCUGCUCCGCGAGCUCCAGGGCCUCGGCUGCCUCAUCAAGCCCCAGACGUUCCUCCUCCUGCUCAGGCUCUACUGGCGCGGGGGACUCUACCCGCUCGUGCUCGAGCUGUUCGAGCAAAUGCCGCUCUGGAGAUUCCAACCCAACACCUUGGCGCGCAACGUCAUCCUCGACGUCCUGCUCCGGACAGGCCAUUUAGCCGAGGCGGAGUGCUGUUUCCGGGACAACCUUUCGCCCAAUUACCUCACCUUUGCCAUCGUGCUCACUCAUCUCUGCAGAGCCGGAGACUGGUCAAGGGCGCGGUGUUAUUUCGCAGAGAUGCUGCGGCAGGGGUUUCUCCCAGGCUCUGCUUCUCUCGCAGCAAUUUUUGCUUGCUGCUCUAAGGUUGGAACCAUGUCUGAGCUUUGGCAGCUACUGUCUUUCGUGCAUGUCUCCGGUUGCCAGCUCACCUCGGCCAUUUGGACAUGCUUGAUUGCUCGUUUGUGUCGCGAGGGCAGACUAGAUGAUGCUUAUAUGAUGCUGGCAAAGAUGGUUGGUUCUGGUUCUACUCCCACGGUGAUCACUUACACGCCCCUCCUCAAAGGUUUCUUGCAUGCUGGGAUGCACGAUCUGGCCAGCGAGCUUCUCGGAUCCAUGGUGUCUGCUGGCUGCAGCCCAGACAUUGUUCUCUACAACGUUCUGAUGGACUGCAUGGCCAAGGCAAGGAGAUAUGAUGACGCCCUGGGCAUUUACAUGCAAAUCCAUGGUAGCCAGAUAAAGCCAGAUGCUUACACUUUAUCUACUUUAGUUCGGGUCUUACAAUUUUCAUCUUAUGAAAGGCUUCUUCCCAGGAUUCCUAGCUUGAUUCUGCGCUCAGGUACCUCUUAUGAUCUUGUGGCCUUCAAUUCAGUGCUGAGUGCUUUAUGCAAGUCAGGUUUUCCAACAGAAGCCAUCCAGUUCUACUUUGAUAUGAUCGAACAGAACAUCAGUCCAGACAGCUACACUUACGUCGGUUUAUUGCAUAGCCUUUGCCAAUUGGAAAUGGUAAACCAUGCAAUCAAUUUCUACCGCAGUACUGCUAUGAGGGAUCCUGAAUCAAAUUCAUAUGUUCAUGCUACCAUCCUCUGUAUCCUUGUUAGACAAGGCCGGAACCUUAUGGCGUUAAGAAUUUUGAGGGAGGCUGUACGUGAAAAUUGUGCUCUUGAUGCUGUGUGCUACACUAUUGUUUUACAUGGUCUUUUCCAAGCUCGUCUGGUGGAAGAGGCUCACAGGCUGUUUGACCAGAUGAAACAAUUAGGAAUGGCAUCCAACACUUGUACAUACAACGUAAUGCUUCGUGGACUUUGUAGGACCAGGGAUAUUCAUGCUGUCAAACAGUUGCUAACAGAAAUGGAACGUGCUGAUGUUGAGAUGGACAGCAUAUCAUUCAACACAAUAGUCGUGUUCUUAGUAAAGUCACGGCUUAUUGACUCAGCUGCUGCAAUGAUCAGAGAGAUGCUUAAUCUAGGCAUGAAACCUAGUACCAAAGCUUCCUCAUUACUUUCUCAGUCCAUUGGCUAUAAAUUCGUCCUGGAGGAUAAUGCCACAGCCACUGUUGAAAGUGAUGGUUCUGAUUCAUCCAGUGAUCUCCUUGUAUGCUCAGCUUCGUAGGCAAAAUUAUUUCAGCUGAACAAGCAUACUGUUACAUAGGUGCAUAAUUACUUGCUACACAGUAUAUAAGGAUGAGUGUUCAAUGACUUUCUGCCUUCCACAGUAGUAUCUGCCAGAAUCCUCAAUUGUGGUAUUCUUUUUGGAGGAAAAUCUACUAGGGUGAAGUGCUUGUGGCAAUCUAUACAACUUUCUGGUGCAUGUUGGUUGGUUUUAGCAGAUAUGAUUCUGUUAGUCGCCCUUUAUACUGCAGGGAAACAGAGCUAUCUGCACAGUUCUAUUUGGUGCAGGAAAUAUUGGAUCUCUUUGAGGACUUGCAGUUUAAGUUAGGGGGAUUAUACUAAAAAGAUUUUGCAAUACGUACAGUACAGUCCUACAGAAGAGAAGUACAGUGUGUUUGCUGCAUAUUUGGUUUGUCUUUUCAGUGGGAAAAAAGAUGAUGGAGCGAACCUAAUGAUGCGUGCAUUGAUGGGGUAUGGAGGGUGUUAGAGCACGGCUAGUCGACAAGGACCUGGCUCCGAAGUGGGAUCCUCUUGCCCUGGAGUAUGUUUCAAAGGACAUAGUCAACGCUUACUUUGCACCCCUUGGCGAGUUUGAUUCCGAGUUGAAACUACCAACUGAAUCACGAGAGGCAUUCAUAUGACUGCUGAUCAUUCCAAGGAUCAGCAAUUCAUUAAACUGUUCGAUAUUUUGGUGACUUGCAGAUGAGUGGUUCUGUUUUACUGUAUGUCGCUAUUCUGCCUUUUGCCAUUUUUUGAUGUUUGGCUCGAGGCCCCAUCAUGCACAGAAACGUGAUUCAACUGUAGUUUCAAAGGUCAAGGAGCUUAUUGAUCUAACAUGAGUGGCCAUUGGGGUGUUGAGCGGAUUCAGCAUGUUUUGUUAAGAAGAUGCCGUUUCUAAUCUUUCGGAUUCCAGUUUGGGAGAACGAGGAUGAUUCCAUAGCAUGGCCUCCUCAUUCAAAUGUAAGGUUUUCGGAGCAGUCAGGCUACAAGUUGUAUAUUAUUGAAAUGGAACAAGAGCUAGGUCAUUAUCUGCGAGAAUGCUGUUAUAAUAUUUUCGAAUCACAUUA